UCUCAUUUAUCCUUUCUACCAAAAACUUGUUCCGAACGUGUUUAUUUCUUGCCAAAGUAUUCUCAAGCGAGACUCUUUGGGUUGAAGAGACGAUCUCAGGCACCCGAAGAUAAUAUGGCUACAACAAUACAGAUGCAAGUUAUUUCUACAGAAGAAUUGAAGAAAGCUGUAGGAUACAAGGCAGUUGAUGAUCAUAUUCGCUCUGGGAUGGUUGUGGGCUUGGGUACAGGUUCAACAGCUUAUUAUGCAGUCGAACGUUUGGGUCAAAAGAUAAAAAAAGGUGAAAUUGUGGAUAUUGUGGCCAUACCAACUUCUACAAAAACAGAGCAUCAAGCAAAGACCUGGGAUAUUCCUCUAGUGACGUUGGACACCCAUCCUUCUCUUGAUGUUGCCAUUGAUGGAGCCGAUGAAGUGGAUGAUCAACUUAAUCUUGUGAAAGGUAGAGGUGGUGCACUCUUAAGAGAGAAAAUGGUUGAAGUAGAGGCCAAGAAAUUGGUCAUUAUUGUUGAUGAGUCGAAAUUAGUAAAAGGUCUAGGUAUUACGGGAGCUAUGCCUGUUGAGGUUACACCUUUUUGUUGGAAGCGAACAAUGCGUCGUUUAUUAGAAGUUGAAGCAUUUCAAGGUUGCCAAGUUUCCGCUAAAAUUCGUGAAGACAAAGAUACUGUUUAUCUAACCGACAAUCACAAUUAUAUUAUUGACCUAUUUUUCCAGAAGCCCAUUCCAGACAUUUCUUUAGCUGCAAGACAGUUAAUUGAGAUUGUGGGAGUAGUGGAACAUGGUUUGUUCUUAAAUAUGGCGGAUAUUUGUAUCGUGUCUGGAAUGAAUGGAAUUCGAGUGGUCGAGAAAAAUCCUUAAGAUUUUCUUCCUUUGGAAAUUUCUCUUCAAGGGCUUCGUCUUGGAAUAAUACAUUUGUGUUGAAUAAGAUGCAACAUAACUUGAAAUUGGACCAUGUUAUGAAAUUUCUAUAUAAAACUGCCUGUCGCUUCUUAUCUCAAGUUUCUCAGGCGCCCAUUCUUCCAGCAAAGGAAGGCGAAGGCUAUAUCGCCAAUAAAUUCUAUGCAAAUCGU